AUGGCUGAAGUCAUUGUCGGCUUCGUCUCCGCCGGCGUGGGCAUCGCCGCCUUUGCCAUUCAGAUUUCCAAAAGCAUUGAUGCCCUACGUCAGAUGCGAUUGAGACCUGGCGAGGCGCGCAAAGAUCUAACAACUCUCCUCGAAAGACUUCAGAUUCUCCACCAGACCGUAACUUUAUUAAAGGCUUGGGAGGGCUACCAACCUGUUACCGGCAUAAUUGACCAUGUGCAACAGAGAUAUGGCAACAUCGAAUUGACCAUUCGAGAUCUCUUGGAGAAACAUCAAGAGAAGGGAGAGGGACACGGUCGUCACUGGAAGAGGGUGCUAGCUCGACACCCAAAACAACAAAUUCAGGAUCUUCGAGAAAAGAUCAAUGAUCUCAUCAUCGUUCUGAAUCUGGCGUUUAUGGCCGCACAAUGCCAGCCCCCAAGCACCCAAGAACUCGAGCCAGGGGCCAACUCACAAGCACAAGAGGGGGGCGAUCAGCAGGCGAAGCACGAAAGAGUCGCCGAUGGAGCAAAAACGUGCACCGACGUGGCGAUUAAUUCGAGUUCGGAUUCGCCGCAACAGCAUCGCAUGCUUCUAUCGACAGCAAAGACUUCGAGUAGUUGCGGGACGCGAAAGUCUACCUGCUCAUGCCACCAAACUGGCAUCUCUGGCCGUUUCUGGUUCCUGCAAUACACGCCUCUUUCCAGUUUCACCAGUAAACCGAAUGAUAGGGCCUCAGGGUGCAGUUGUAUCAACCUCCGCCUACGAUUAGCGCUGUCCCUGUACGGCGUGCCAAUAGCCAUUGUUGCUGGAAUCGGUUUCAUGGUUGACGGGUCAUGGUUCAAGCUUCAACCUGCCCUCGAAGUGGAGAGAAUUGUCAACUACACGUCCCCAGGUUUCGAGACCAUAUGGCGUCUCGAGAACGGCUUGAUUUCGCUUCCCGAAGCCCGCGCGAGAUUUAUUGAACUACAUCAGUCCGACCGUUCUCUCAGAAAUCACAGGGAUCCUGGAGGAAAUAACUAUAUUCAAACGCUUUUGCAAUAUCCUUGGAUAGGGCGGCGGCAAGACAAUCAGUUUGAUCUACUUCGCCUGCUCGUCACCGAGUGCGAGAUGACGCUGGCGGGCGAGACUCAAAGUUUCCUUGUCCAGUGCGCAAAGUGGAUUGGGGAGGGUCGUCACCUUGCCCUGCUUGAUGCUAUCCUAGAACUUGGAUUCAAGGCCGACGCCAUUCAUGCAUCCCCUCUAGAACAAUGGCCUGAGCAAUGUUCGCCAAACUGGUAUGGCACCGGAGACACUCCAGAUCCCUUCUUCAUUGAGUAUGUGAGGACGAUUUUGAACUACAGCCCAAGCUAUUCGGGAUCGACGACCCUUCACAACGUGCUUCUCAACGGAUCAGUAGAUUCCGCAGCGUAUUGGUUGCAGAGAUCGCAGCCACUUGAGAAUAAUGUCAACUUCCUGGGACAAACACCCUUGCACAUCGUGACUACUCGUCCAGAGAUGUGUCUUCUCGUGUUAGACGCAGGACAUGACAUAGACGUUACUGACGAAUUCGGAGUGACUCCCCUGAUGUACGCUGCAGCUAUGGGGCAAACGGGAGUCGCAAAGUUACUCAUCUCAAGAGGCGCCAAUCUUGGUCUCAGAGACGCGAGACUACGGUGGACCUUUCUGGAUUAUGCCUUCUUUUGCGAUCACUGGAACCUGGCUUUAGACGCCCUCUUGGCUGUCCAAUCCAAGUUCGAAUCUUUCGACUUUCAACUUUUGGUCCGGUGUGCUAUUAUGAGCGCUCUCAGUCACAGUACCGCUUCGAUAGAGGGGAGGGAUUUUCUUCCACACUUCAUUCGGCUCUCCGACGACGUCAAUUUCACGUUCGAAGAUGAUGGGGUGGGAGACAACAACUUGAUGCACUACGCCUGUAACCUUGAAAUUGCAUCGACUCUUGUCCAAUACGGGUUCGACAAUUUCAAUCAGAGGAACAGUAAAGGGAAGUUGGCAAUUAACUCCCUAGCGAAAUGGAAGAACGCACCACUCAUCCAGUUCUGCAUUGAAAAAGGUACGAAUGUUGGUAACGUGAGCCAGACCGGACACACCAUCUUUUUCGACAUUCUUUCAGGAUUGAACUCAUUUAGCUGGCUCACUUGGGAUACCGUUGACUCUAUCAAGCUUUGUCUAACCGCAGGAGCUGAUCCCUUCACGGCGGACGACUGCAUGUGCCCGUGUUCUCCUGAUGGCUGUCAUGUAUCCUCCAUGUUCGGGCUCGAUUUCAGUCCUUUCGCGGUUUUUAAUCACACGGCUGAGCCAGUAUGGGCCUUUGAAUUGCUCACUCUCCUUGAAGAACAUCGCGGUAUUCAAACAGCAGAACAAAUGCUUCUAUCUCUUCUUCGGAAAGUUCGAUGCGAUGAGCCCGACAUCUCUAUUGCCCACGUUUGUUGUCAGAGGGGUCGUGGCCUCGGACAGGAAGCUUGGCAAGCUUGCUUGCCGGGUCUUCAGGGCGAGGACAUUGAAGAAAUACUCGAUGAGGAGGAAGACUUCAUCGCUACUCUAGAGAUGGAUAUGAAGCAACUUGCGUCAUUUGACUUUUCGAAGCUUCGAACCGAGUUGAUGGUUCAUUUGAAAGGGAAAUACGACGCCCACAUCGAAAGUGCGACACGGGAAAGAGAGAAAUUCGCGGCGAAGUCGAAACACCAACGUCUGAUGACAUAUGAAGUCGACUAUAGAACUGACGAAUUCAAACACACUGUCUGUGGCCCUUGGCCACUAGAAUACUCAAUCGUUCAGUCAAUAUCAGGGUACGCCUUCUGGCUACAGCAUGAGCGUUUGAGGGCAGACAAACCACUCGCGCGUGAUUUUCACAAAGCUGGCUGGUUUGAGAGGCGCAUCUGUUGGCUUCUUGAGUUCAUGGACGUAAUGGAGGUGACGGUAGAGAUGUUGGAGGAGAGCAUGGGAAGGAUAUCUGUGACGGGGACGCGAACCGAGAAGAUUGACCGCGAGCAAACGGUCAAGUCUUUCUUGGAAGCGAUAGGGAAGGCAAGGAACAAAGACGAAGAGCGGGAAGCAGAGUGA